CCCGCCAAUACGUCAAACCGGUGGAAAUACUACAUCAAUUCAUCGCAGGAUUUCCUUCCAGGGAUUUGAAUAUGUGGACUGUGAAAGCACUUAGAAUAAAUAGCCAUGGAAUAUUGUCACGUAAUUUGUUACCUUUGCAACGAAAAUCUCUGUCAACUGGCAAUGGAGAGCGAGUUAUGGCGAUUAGAAGAGAAGACAUAAAUGUAUGGGAGAGACGAGCACCCAUAGCACCUUCGCAUGUCGCAGAACUUGCACAUAAAGGAAUCAAGGUUCUUGUACAGCCUUCGACAAGACGAGCAUACACGAUGGAUGAAUACGAGCGAGCAGGAGCAGUCAUAACAGAAGAUUUAAGUCCUGCCUCGCUGAUUAUCGGCGUGAAAGCUGUCCCCAUUGAUCUGUUAAUUCCAGACAAGACUUAUGCUUUCUUCUCUCAUACGAUCAAGGCCCAAGAGGCGAAUAUGCCACUACUCGAUGCAAUGCUUGAAAAGAACAUCCGAAUAGUUGAUUACGAAAAAAUGGUGGAUAGCAAAGGACAAAGAGUGUGUGCUUUUGGCAAGUUCGCCGGUGUCGGAGGUAUGAUAAAUAUUCUUCAUGGUCUUGGGUUGAGGCUUCUUGCCCUUGGACAUCACACACCUUUCAUGUAUUUAGGGGCAACUCAUAACUACAAGAACAGCAGGGCAGCAAAACUUGCCAUUUAUGAACUUGGUGAGGACAUAAAAGCUGGUAAAUUACCAGCUCACUUUGGACCUUUGUCAUUUGUGUUUACUGGCUCAGGAAAUGUGUCUCAGGGUGCUCAAGAAAUGUUUCAGGAACUUCCACAUAUUUAUGUUGAGCCACAUGAGCUGAGAAAAGCUAUACAAAGCACAGACCACAGGAAGUUGAUUGGAACAGUUGUAAGCCGUGAAGAUUACCUUGUACCCAAGGCUGGUGGAGUGUUUGAUGCAGAGGAAUAUGAUGCUCAUCCAGAUAGAUACAGAUCAACAUUUGCGGAAAAGGUUGCUCCUUACAUGUCUGUCCUGGUGAAUGGAACCUACUGGGCCCCCAGUGUGCCACGCCUUCUGACCUACGAUGAUGCUAGAAAUAUUCUUAAGACAAUGCAGAGGUCAAGUGCAUAUGAUGGCUGUCCAAGUCUGCCACAUAGAUUGUUGGCAAUCUGUGAUAUCUCGGCUGACAAUGAAGGUUCCUUGGAAUUCAUGACAGAAUGUACAACAAUUGAGUAUCCAUUCCACUUGUACAACAUCAAGACAGGAAACUCACAGAUUGGAAUGGCUGGAGAUGGAGUUCUUAUUUGCUCAAUUGAUAAUCUUCCUGCUCAGUUGCCGAGAGAGGCCACUGAUUAUUUUGGUAAACUGCUGCUCCCAUGGCUACAAGAAAUGAUUGAUUCUAAUGCUACUGACUCCUUUGAAGAGCAGCAUCACUUGUCUGACACAGUUAGAAAUGCAAUCAUCACUUCUAAUGGAUUGCUAACAGAAAACUACAAAUACAUAGCAGGUUUAAGGAAAAGCCAAGAAGAAGCAAAAGCCAGAGCAUUAGGACCAAAUGUUUCUGUGCCAAUCAAGCAGAGAGUAUUGUUGCUUGGCUCUGGGUUCACUGUGGCUCCAUGCAUUGAAUAUCUUACGAGAGAUAAAAGCCUUGCAGUCACAGUUGCAUCAGACAAAAUAAGCGAAGCAGAAGCAGUAGCAGCUAUGUACAGAAACACCACUCCAACACUCCUUGAUGUCACACAAUCAGAGGAAAAGUUAAACAAAUUGAUCCAGCAACAUGAUGUUGUGAUCAGUUUGCUUCCCUACUCUCUACAUCAUGUUGUAGCCAAGAGUUGCAUCACACACAAAACGAAUCUAUUAACUGCCAGCUAUGUACUGCCACCGAUUGCAGAGCUACAUCAAAGCGCAGUAGAUGCUGGUAUAGCUAUCGUGAACGAGUUGGGUCUGGACCCUGGUAUCGAUCACUUGUUAGCUAUGGAAUGCUUUGAUGAUUCUAAAGCUGAGGGAGCUGUGAUCAAGUAUUACCGCUCAUUCUGUGGUGGCCUUCCAGCACCAGAACAUGCUGACAAUCCACUUAGAUACAAGUUCAGUUGGAGUCCACGAGCUGGUCUGCUGAGUGUAAUGAAUAGUGCUAAAUAUCUGUGGUAUGGAAAGUGUGUUGAAGUUCAAGCAGGAGGGGCUCUUAUAGAGGAAAUAAAACCAACAGACAUAUUUCCUGGCUACAGACUGGAGUGUUAUCCUAACAGAGACUCAACUAAAUAUGGAAAACUGUAUGACAUUACCACAGCCAACACAAUACUCAGAGGAACACUGCGCUAUGAGGGAUAUUCCACCGCUUGUUUAGCUUUGUAUCAGCUUGGAAUGUACAGUACGAUAGAGCGGACAGACCUUGCUCUGGCUCAUGAACUACCCUGGAAACAAGUCCUGGCCAAACUUGUGGGUAAACCAGACGCAAGUGACUCUGAGCUUUAUUCUGUUGUCUUCGAAAAAGUUGGCAAGGAUCCUGCUCGUAUGCAGGCGAUCAAAGAUCUUGGUCUUCUGUCUGAGGAACCUAUUCUUCAACAAAAGUCACCAUUGGACACCCUCUGUUUGUACUUAACAGAUAAACUGGCUUAUAAAGAGGGAGAGAGAGACAUGGUGUUACUUCAACAUGACAUAGGUGUGGAACUGCCGGAUAAAACACAGCAAAACCGUCGAAUUGACAUGAUUUGUUAUGGUGAUCCGAAUGGUCACUCAGCCAUGGCGCGAACUGUUGGGCUUCCUGUGGCGAUCGCUACAAAGAUGGUGUUGGACGGGGACUUAAAAGCCACUGGCGUUGUUCUUCCCCUCAGCCGGGAAAUUUACAAACCACUACUUAAACGACUCAAAGCAGAGGGAAUUCAUAGCGAAAUGACCACAACAGUAUUGUAAGAUGAUAUUUUAUCACCAGACAUCUUAAUUGAUUUGUUUAUCGGCCUCGGUAAAGCCUGGGUUCUCAAACAUUUUUUUUGUCUUGAUUUUGUUACGAGCUUUCAGUUUUUGUUGUAUUAUUGCACAUAAUACAAGGUGUUGGGUCUUCUAACCCUAUAUGGUGGAUCUACGCAUUUAUUUCAGAAUUUUUUUCUUCGUAAGAUAAAUAAAUACUCGACAAACUUCGGACGGAAAUUUUCGCCCGAGGAGAUUCUAUUUCAAGGAGAGUAAAUUCUUUGGGACUGAAUUUUUGCUGAAAAUGCUGGAUAUUUAUGUUACGAGGUCUAAUAGUACACUGUGUAUGGCAAACUUAAAUUGUGCAAUAUACAUAUCAUUAGAGUGGAGACUUAAAUUGCUCGGCGAAGGAAAGUUACUUGAAGCCAAUCAUUUUCUGAAAGUAAAUGGGGAAAAUGGUUUAUGUUAUUUACAAGCAUUUCUUUUUUUGAAAAUGCCAUUCUUAGGAAUUUUUGUUUAUUUUAAGGACGUUAAAUUAUUCAUUACCCAUAUUUAUUCUGUUGAAGUGCAAUUGCAUCUUAUAUAUUUCUGGUGUAUUUUAUUUACUGAUACUUUCUGGCGUGUAGUUUUUAAACCUUUUUGAGCAUAAAAUGUUGACAAAGGACUUGUAAAUGUAUUUUCUAAACCUAAGAGAAGUAGUUAGAUAAAAACUUAACACAUGUUGAACUGAGUGAGUUACUCUAAAGUUGUGAAAACUUUUCUACGACAAAAACAAUACAAGUUGAUGCAGAAGAGAAGAAUAUUAGUGCAGUGUUUAAAAUUCCUACUUUUAUUACAUGAAAAUUUAAAAAUUUACAUUUUAGAUGUAUUCUGAAACACACGUCUUAAAAGUAAUAUAAGUGCUGUACUCAUCUAACUGAAAUAUUUGUAUUGUGUUGCCUCUGAACACCCACGUGUGCAGGACACAAUGAAUUUGGUGUAAUCAAAAUAAAAUAAAAUUUGAUAA